AUGCAAAACGAGCUCGGAAUCUUUGGCGUUGGAAAAGUAUAUGCCACCCUAAAUGAACAUGAUAAAGCUAUUAAUCCAUUUGAAAGAGCAUUAGCUCUUGAACCUACAAAAGAUGAGAUACGAAAAGCAUUAGAUGAAAGUCGUCAUAUACUAGGUCGGCAAAUGCGUUAUGAACACCUUGAUCCACGAUUCAGUCCACUAACGGUUCCUGAGCAAUUAAAUGCAUUACAAGAAACAAUUGGAAUAAAUCCAGAAAAUCUGCUCACGUUACAUAGUUUAGUAGAGGCAAUAGAUUCAGCUGCAGCUGAUGUUCUCAAAGGAUAUAAAUAUGAGCAUGGAGAUGCUGAUGUUAAGCAAGAUUAUGAGCAAGCUGCUCAAUAUUAUGCGAAAUCAGCAGGUCAAGGCAGUGCAGCCGGGAUGUACAAUUUAGCUCGAUUGACCGAUCUUGGUUUGGGAGUUAAAAACGAUCAUGAUAUGGCUCUUAAAUUGUUUGAACAGGUCGCUGUACAAUCACCAGAACAUCCUAAAUUUAAAGAUCGCCGGAACGUUGGCGUAGCUGAAGCCGAAAACGCUCUAGGACGUCAUUAUUCUGAAUGUGUUGGGGUUCAUAAGAACCCAGCACAUGGAGCUGGCUGGCAUUAA